AUGAGUAUCUUUGAGCGCAAAUCGGAAUUACAACAAUUGGUUGUUGAUACACACUUUACCGGACACAAAUUAGGAAGGAGUGCUAAUGGUAGAGCUGUGAGUGCAAUUAUCCUAGACAAUAAAUUUUGGGAUGAUUGUUUUACUGUAUGCCAAAUUGUGAGUCCGUUGAUUAAAUUGCUGAGGUUUGUAGAUGCCGAUGAUAAACCAUCAUUGGGAAUUGUUUAUGAAGGUAUGCUGAGGUCAGAAAAUGGAAUCAAAGAAAUGUUCAAGCAUAGGAAGAGUGCAUAUCAACCUUACACAGAGAUUAUCAACUCAAGAUGGGACAAACAUUUGAAAAAAAAUCUUCACGCAGCAGCCUAUUUCUUGAAUCCUGAGUGCUUUUUUUCUGAAAAUUAUAGAGAAUCACCUGAUGUCAUGCGAGUUUUACUUGAUCUUGUUACAUUGUAUUGCAAGGUUAAUAAUUUAGAUUCAGUUGAGGCAAUGAAAGAAAUACACUUAUAUAGAGAUCGAAAGGAAAGCUUUGAUAGGCCUGAAGCUGUUCCAGCUGCAAAAAAACUUCAACCUGAUGAAUGGUGGAGGUUGUUUGGUAGUUCUGCUCCGUGUUUACAAAAAAUUGCAGUUCGCAUUCUUAGCCAAGCAUCUGCUUCUUCAGGGUGUGAAAGGAAUUGGAGUCUUUUUGAUCAAAUUCAUACAACAAGAAGGAAUAGAUUGGAGCAUGAUAGGCUAAGUGAUAUUGUGUAUGUUACAUAUAAUUUGCGUCUUAAAUCCAGGAAUGAAAGAAAAAAAAGAAAGCAAAAGUCGCAAUAUGAUCCAAUCGAUAUUGAAACUAUUGAUAAGGUUGAUUUUUGGGUGACGGAAGAGGUUGUUGAAAAAGAGCCUGAUCUUCCAAGUAAUAUUGAAGACUUGCUUCAUGAGAUUGAUGCUGAUUUAGAUCAAGGUGGUGGUGGUGGUAGUACUAGUACAUUUUAUGCUGCACCACUUGCUUUUUCUGGUCCAAGUAGUGGAAAUGAAGGUGAUGAAAUCAAUGAGGCAAAUCUGCAGCAAAUUAUGGAGGAUUUUGAUGAUUGA